AGAGCCCUCUACAGGGAGGUCAUGCAGGAGAACUAUGCCACUGUGGCCUCACUGGGGUUUCCAGUUUCCAAACCUGAUGUGAUCUCCCAGCUGGAACGAGGGGAAGAGCUGUGGAUCCAAGAUGUCCAGGGCUCUGAAGAAAGAGAGCUCCAGAAAGGUGCCCAGAUAGGAGAUGGGAUGCUGAGUGAGAACGAGGAGAAGAGUCCCCACCAGGAAGAUGCUGAGCAAGUAGAACGACAUGGGACAUUUGCAGGAAGAUCCAAAGGGAAAGUUUCUUGGAGUUGUGCAGAGGCAGAAGCCUGUGAGAGUCAGCAUAGGCCAGAGAAAAGCUUCUGUAGCGGCUCAGACGUUAUUAGACGUGAAAGAAUGAACAUGGGAGAGAGACCCUACACAUGCCUUGAGUGUGGAAAACGUUUUAGUCAAAGCUCAAACCUCAUCACACAUCAGAUAAUCCACACAGGAGAGCGGCCCUACACGUGUUCUGAGUGCAGGAAAAGCUUCAGUCGGCGCUCGGACCUGAUCAAACAUCAGAGAGUCCACACAGGAGAGCGACCCUACAUGUGCUCUGAGUGUGGGAAAAGCUUCAGCCAGAGCUCAAGCCUCAACAAACAUCAGAGAAUCCACACAGGAGAGCGUCUCUACACGUGCCUAGAGUGCGGGAAAAGCUUUAUAAACAGAUCACACCUUCUCGCACAUCAGAGAAUCCACACAGGAGAGCGACCCUAUAUGUGCUCUGAGUGCGGGAACAGCUUCAAACUCCGCUCUCACCUCAUCACACAUCUGAGAGUGCACACAGGAGAGCGACCCUAUACAUGCCUUCAGUGCGGGAAAAGCUUCUGCCAGAGGUCACAGCUCACCACACAUCAGAGAAUCCACACGGGAGAGCGACCGUACACAUGCUCUGAGUGUGGGAAAAGCUUCAAACACAAGUCACACAUGUUGGCACAUCAAAGAAUCCACACUGGGGAGACACCCUACACAUGCUCUGAGUGUGGGAAAAGGUUUAGUGGGAGCUCAACAUUCAGCAUACAUCAGAGAAUCCACACAGGCGAGAGACCCUACUCGUGCUCUGAGUGUGGGAAAAGCUUUUGUUGGAGCUCAGCUUUUAUAAAACAUAAGAAGAUCCACACAGGAGAUGGGAUGCUGAGUGAGAACGAGGAGAAAAGUCCCCACCAGGAAGAUGCUGAGCAAGUAAAACGACAUGGGACAUUAGCAGGAAGAUCCAAAGAGAAAGUUUCUUGGAGUUGUGCAGAGGCAAAAGCCUGUGAGAGUCAGCAAAGGCCAGAGAAAAGCUACAGUAGCAGCUCAGAUGUUAUUAGACAUGAAAGAAUGAACAUGGGAGAGAGACCUUACAAAUGCCUAGAGUGCGGGAAAAGCUUCAGAUUGAGCACACACCUUAUCGCACAUCAGAUAAUCCACACAGGAGAACGACCCUACACGUGCUGUGAGUGCAGGAAAAGCUUCAGUCGGCGCUCAGACCUGAUCAAACAUCAGCGAGUCCACACAGGAGAGCGACCCUACAAGUGCUCCGAGUGUGGGAAAAGCUUCAGCCAGAGCUCAACCCUCAACAAACAUCAGAGAAUCCACAUGCGAGAGAGAUCCUUCACAGGCCCCUGA